CUCGUCCCGGCGCGCCAAAUUUCAAAGCACUUCCUGGGAAAAGACGCGAAAAGUGAACCGCGGAGAAACUAAGAGCCACAUAUGAGGCUUACAGCAGCGCUGCUGCCGCAAAUGGGAGAGAAGAUCAUCUGAGUGUGGCCUCGCCCCACCACCGCCAGCCUGGUCACCACACACCCUGUUAUGUUCGUUCAUCUAAAGCUGAACAAUCGUAGUGCAACGACACGGGAGGUCGCUCAGCAUGCAGAUAACUCAGCGUGUCGACAUUGCACAGAUCCUGCCUCUUGCCGAAUGUAAAACUUUAUACGCGCUUUCUUAAUUUGCAUAUUUUAUUAAGUGUCCAUGUUCUGGAGAGGAAAAUCUGACAUGGAGGGUUAUAAUUCUCUGUGAGUCUGCCUCUCUUGCUGAGUGUAGCUUGGGCUUUUAUCUUUGCCAAUAUGUUGUCUGGAGUCCAGCCAUGUUUCCAGCUGUUGAGGAUCGGUUCAUCAGAUAAUGCUAAUUGCAACACCGGUAGUGUGUCGGACUCUGCCCGUGACCUGUACACAUUUCGCCCAGCGCUUCCCCAGUCAGUGUUCCGCUUGGGACGGGCGGCAGAGUUGUGUGAUGUCACCCUGGAGUCAACUACUGUGUCCCGCAUCCAUGCUGAACUGCAUGCUGAAAGACAGACUGAUACAUCAGGAGAGGAGAGCUGGAAAGUCCAUGUGAAGGACCGGAGCAGUUUUGGUACAUGGGUGAAUGAUAUUCGAAUGCAGCAGGGUGUUUUGAUGGAGAUCUUUGAUGGUGAUACACUAAUCUUUGGCGGCCAAUCAGCGCAAGGGAGCCCGGAAUUUUAUUUCCUCUUCCAGAAGGUUCGGGUCCGUCCAGAGAACUUUAAUGCCAUUACAGUUCCAAAGGCUAGCUCCUUUUCCUCUGACAUUCAGAACCGCAUCAGAACCAGCCUGGAUUGUAAACCAGAUCCCAAUCUUGACAUUUCUAAACUGUCCAUCAACAGAGCCACUGUCAUCCUUAAUUCCAUUGGCAGCCUGAGCAAGAUGAAUGGCAGCUGCUGGACGUUUAAAAAGAUUGACAAAACCACUGACCUGAAUUCCACCAAACCGCCCACAUUUACAGCUUUGGUGCCACCCUCCACUCCACCACCUCUCCCUGCUGUUACUAUGGAGACCUCCUCGAAGUCUGUUCCGCCAUCGUCUAAGAGCCGACGCAAGUCAGCCCACACGGUGCUCUUGGAAGACGAUAGUUCAGAUGAUCCCGUCAGUCGUAGAAGUGGAUUGGAGGAUGCAAGGAAAGCCAGAGGGGGAAAGAGACGGCGUCUUUACAAGUCCGAAUCGGAGGUAUUCCAACAUCCGUUGUCCAAAACAGAGCUGAGCAUGAGGCCACAGUUUGAUGCCAGGCCUGUGAUGUCCAAGCAAAAUGGCAUCAUUUACAGUCAUUCGGCCAAUGGAAAGCUUAAUCCUUCUUUUACUUGGAUCCAAAAGCGUGAUGUUGGAAACAUGGGCCACAACAAAGGCAUUAAUCUUGUGGCCUACCGACAGCAGAAGCCUUGCACACCAGCUCCACGGGGCAGGCGAAGGGCAAACAGCUCUCCAGUGUUCUCCCCUCAGGUGGUGAAAGGUGAAAACUAUCACCUUACCUCUCCAUCAGUUAGACAGUCAAAAGUGGAAAGAGAGAGGGGGCAGGUUGCACGGUUCAGUGCCACCACUGGUAGACGACGUGGCAGACCUAGAAAACAUCCCCUGCCACGCCCUUCCUUGCCAUCCCCUUCAUCCUCCUCCUCAUCUUCUAGCUCUUCAUCUUCAUCCUCCUCCUCUUCUUCAGAGGAUGAUGAUGAUGACGAUGAAGACAUGGGGGUAGUCCAGGGUGUAGAGCCGUGUGCGGCAAUGCGAUGUCGUCUACCACAGCAGGACACUGUGCAGUGGGUGCAGUGCGAUGACUGUGAUGCCUGGUACCACCUGGACUGUCUGCCUCAUGACCGUAACCGCGCCUCCCUCCUGCUUGACCCAAGCGCAGACUUCCAUUGCGGCUGCUGCUGAACCCCUGGCACUCUGUCAUAACUCAUGCAGGGCUAAAUUGGUUCCCCUCUGGAUUGCAGCAUCAGGACAUCGGAAGCUCUGACAGAAGGCUUGCUACUACAAGGUGCAUAAUUCAACAGUCAACCAAAAAAAGGGCGCAGGGCAUGACUGAAGUCUUUACUCUUUGAAUCUCAGUUACCUUCACAGAUUUCCAUACUCAUAAGUUCCAGCAUAAUGAAAUGGGUGAAUGUUUUUAAUUGAUUAAUGUGUCAUAAAGACACAAACAGGGAAGUUUAUAUAUAUAUAUAUAUUUUUGUACAAAAGUGUGCUGGACUAGCACUUCAGCUUUACAGGUGGUUUGUGUUUCAAAACUACAACCCACACUUGACCAAGAGUUCGCCUGGAAUUUGAACAUAGGCACUACUUGGAACACUUUUUCAACGAAUUUCCAGAAUUGCCCUGUUCUGAAGAAUAACCUGCCUUACGGUGAUGAUGGCAAAAAAGAUCUGAAAUUUAUUGCAAAAAUGACAAACUGUUCUCCAAGGCACCGUUGUUAUUUUGUUAGAAGUGGUGCCUCUAAAUGUGUAGGUGAUAGCAGUGUGGAUAGCUUGUCUUUAUCUUGUUUGUACUGAUUGAGAGAUGUUGUGUAUUACGUUAUAGGAUGAAGGCAGAGACACAAUCUUGUGUAGGAAUGGACAUAUACUUGACAAACGUAAAUAUUAUCUAUCUUAUAGUAAAAACAAAUGUGUUAAUUAGUUAAUGUGGCUAAUUUUCAUAGUAAAUUUUCAGCAUGGUAAAUCGUUUUAGACCAACUGGUGGAUUUCUAGGUUCUGAAAAGUUGAGUACUUAACAGCAUUACAUCUACACAUAUAAACCAAUUAAGUUGCUGUUCAGAAGCAUUUGCCUUUGAAACUAUAUUUGGUUGAUUUAUGCUUCCACUUGGUCGGUUCUAGUGCUUUGGGAAGUUGUGUUGGUGACUGCUGAGCCUGUCACCUAGCUUAAACAACCCUGUACCUGAUUCAGUGCAAAUGCUUUCUGCCUUCAAGAGGGUCUUGUUAGCUGUUCUUGAGAUGUUCAUUCAUUGUUAAAGUUGCAGCUUGCUUUCAAGACAUCAACUGCUAAAAUAUGCAUGUGCAUUUACUGUGCUCUCUUUUAGUAAGUUGAGAGCUUGUUCUGGGGAUCUUCGUAGUGCUGUUUCAGCAAAUCUCCACUGGGGCUUUAAAACAUACUCCCGUUAGUCACUUCAGACUACUUACAGAAAGCAAAAAGGAUUUUGAUAAGUUUGAUGAAAGAAAUUUAAAAUGCCAUAAAGUCGCAUUAUGUGUAAAAGUCUGAGCUUGUGACUUCUGACAACCCCAAGUGUACAUGGUGUUUUUUCCUUUGAUAUUAACAUAAGCUUUUGAGUUUAAGCUCUACUAACCUUGAGUAGAUGGCCAUUUAAUAGUAGAAUAUGUGGUAUGAAUGUAAAUCAUCUUUCACUGUCUUCACUUUAAUGCUUUAGCUAAGAGAAAUGACUAUCUGCAGUUCAGUCACAAUGUUGCUGGUUUGUCAUGAGGGGAAUCAGGGGACGAAUAAAAAGAUCUAAAGGUAAAAACUGA